GUCAAGCUACAGCACUUCAAAAUGAUCGAUUCAAAAUUGUUCUACUUGACAAUCUUCGCACUCGUCUGCGUCUCUCUCUGUGACGAACUGCCUGUUCUUGGUGGUCCCAGAGAACUGAGCGGAGAAGAUCUAGACAAGGCUAUUGGUGAUUUGAAUGUGGCUCUGGCUAAACUGGCUACUGGCGAUGGACCCAGCUUUAAAGCUGGUAAGGUGACAAAGGUGACGACUCAAGUUGUUGCUGGUAGCCUUGUUACUUAUACCGUGGAACUGCAGAGUGGAGAUGCUGUGAAGCAGUGCACCGUCAAGAUUUGGUCUCAGCCUUGGCUUAAGGAGAAUGGUACUAACGUCAAGAUCCAGUGUGACGGUGACGACAAUAAGGUUGAUACCACCUACUAAUUGAUUAAUGGGAUUAUCUAUCAGAAUCCAAAUGGAUGUAAUGCACUUUUAAAUAAAAGGAUAUAUAAUUUGAUUGCUUGCAAAAAAUUUAA